GAUCUUAAAGAAGAAACAUGUGAAGCACAAUCGUUUUCCACCUAUUUGAACCCAUAUUUCCUCCUAUUCAUUCUUGGUCAGACGCUGCAUGGAGUUGGCUCGACGCCACUGUUCUCCAUUGGAACGACAUUCAUUGACGAGAACGUCACCCAAAAAGCCUCCCCAGUAUAUCUCGCGGCUCAUGCCGUACUCACAUCAUUUGGACCAGUAAUUGGUGUCUUUGUGGGUGGCUAUCUGCUUAACAUCUACGACGAUUUCGACAGAGUCGAUCACCCACCGAUAGCUCGGACAGAUCCUCGCUGGAUCGGCGCGUGGUGGAUUGGAUUCCUAGCCUCGUCCAUCAGUGCUCUUCUGAUCGCGUUCCCAAUUUUGGGGUUUGCUCACGAACUUCCAGAAGCGAAACGCCAUCGGGCCAAAGACGUCAAUCAGGUGAUCCGUGACUUUAUGACUGCUCAAGUCGAAUACUGA